AUGAAUAGGCCCCAGACCCGUUCACAGACACGCGCUUCUCGAGAACAAGAUGGACAUAACCUGGUUGAGGAAAACGUCAACAAAGAUUCCCAGGGGGGUGAUACGUUUGUUCCGAGUUUGGUGGAUGUUGACCGGGCUAACGAGAACGAUUGCCGGUUUUGUAAACGACCGAAUAGCGCGGAACGAUUUAUGGUGCAGUGUGUAUCGUGUGAAAGAUGGGACCAUUUUGCGUGCGCAGGUGUUACCACAGAAACAGCGAAAGAUAUCGUUUACCGUUGUGCUCUCUGUGUUCCGCGAAUACCAGUACCACCGCCGAGCUCUGCUACUGGGCAAUCCACUUCCAGCAGCACUCGCCGAGCGAAAAUUGCUAGGGAUUUGGAAAAACUGGAAGAGGAACUAAAACUGCAGAAUGACGCGGCAAAUGCGAAAUUGGAGCGGGAUCGUGCCUACUUGGAUAAACGGUACGAGUUACUCAAACAGCAAGACGAUGUGGAGGACGGUAAAAGUGAACGUAGUUACCACAGUGGGCAGUCGCGUUCCAGAACUGCAAAUUGGGUUCGAGAGCAAGCGGUUGCGACCGAGAAAUCCGGCCGAGGUGUUGUUGGACAAACGCCUAAACCCGAUGUUCGGACCAACGAACCUGGAACAGCAACAAUUGAGAAACUGUGUGGUAAAAUGACAUCGACUCCCAUAGUUGAAUCGACUUUAGAAGGCAGGCCAAGAACGAUUGACAGCAUUUCUAUCGGUUUCCUACCUGAGGGUGGCUCAGAGCUAUCGACAGACAUGUCCCUGAAUCACAUUCAAAAAGUCGAUAUCCAACCAUUCGUUAACAUGCUCGAGGAUCAGCUAAGCUACCGGAAACCAACAGGAACUAUACCCAAAACCGUUAAACCAUCCUUCGAACAGUGGCAACGCGAAACGAUUGGAGUACGCAAGGUUCGUGAGCUGCAGCAGAUGCACGAAAAGGAAAACGACAUUCGUAGGAAACGAGAAAUGGAGUUGACGGAAAAGCUUAAACAUUUGGAUAUACAGCGGCAAGCAGAGGCAGACAGAAUGAGGAAGGUGGAAGCAGAUCUUCGACAGCAACUGCAAGAAUUUCGGGAACAUCACGAAGGAAUCUAUAGACAGCGCUUGCUAGACUUGGAGAAACGUGACGACGAGCUGAACCAACUUCGACGGGUGGAAAAGCAGCUACGCGAAGAGUUCGAUGUAGCUCAUGGACGACAACCAAGCUUAGGGGAUAGUGUUUUCAAUAUUAGUCCCCGAACAGGUAACAUUCCUCCUCCUCCAUCUGCUACGUCACCGGUAAGUACCACGAUUCUGAACCAAAAUGCAAAUAUGAACCCAGAGUUUUCAAAUGUGUUUACCGCACCCAUAAGCUCUCCAGUUGGGGCGCGUUCACAAAUUUUCGUUGAACCUCAGGCACCCUCUCCACUAAAUAUUUUUCCUAAUUACACACCACCAAUCCAACCAACAUACAUUCAAACACACCCGAACGAUUUUCAACACCCUGUAGAAAAUAAUACGCAGUUUCAGUAUGGUCCAACUCCCACGCAAAUGAUAGCUCAUCAUGUGUUCGCUAAGGACUUGCCAAUAUUCGAUGGGAAUCCUCUUGAUUGGCCACUGUUUAUCACCAGCUACGAGCAGUCUUCGAAUGCGUGUGGGUUUUCCGAUUCCGAAAGUCUUUUACGCCUUCAGCGAUGUUUGAAGGGGAAAGCAAAAGAAGAGGUUCAUAGCUUUCUUUUGCAUCCAUCCACCGUUUCGAAAGUUAUUUCCACUUUGCAAACGCUUUAUGGUCGCCCCACACAAAUCGUACAUCAUAUGAUAAGUAAAAUUCGUUCCACUCCAGCCCCGAAAGAAGAUCGGUUGGACACACUAGUGAGUUUCGGCCUCGCAGUGCAGAACAUGUGCAGUCAUCUGAGAGCGGUCGGCAUGGAAAGUCAUAUGGGGAAUACAAAUCUUCUACAGGAGCUGAUGGAUAAGUUACCGCCUGUCGUUCAGUUUAAUUGGGCACUUUACCAACAUCAGCUACCCACAGUGGACCUUCAAUCGUUUGGUCAGUAUAUGGAAAUGGUUACAGCUGCCACGAGUAAGAUUACGUUACGCCGGGAUGAUCGGGUCAAGUCCAAGAACAAAGCGUUCGUGAACACCCACACAGCCGUGAAUAUAUCUGGUGAUUUAACUGAAGUUCCUAAUAUAAACCAUCCUCCAGAUACGGGAGCAGAAUUCAAAUCGUGCAUAGCUUGCAAGGGAAAGUUGAAAGAACGCAAAGUAUGUCGUCGUUGUCUUACGCCGCACCGUCGUUGGCCAUGCAAAGGAGAAGUAUGCGGAACCAACAAUUGCCAGAAGAAGCAUCAUCGACUGCUGCAUUUCGAACCAAAGGCUCCUGAGGCAACAGUUGCAACAGUUUCUAUCCAUCGGCAAGUGAGUAGUUCAAUCCUGUAUCGAAUUCUUCCAGUCACUUUGUACGGUCCCAAAGGAAAGGUGGAAACGUUUGCCUUUUUAGACGACGGUUCUGCAGUAACAUUGUUAGAGGACAAUAUAGCCAGACAAUUAGGAGCAGAAGGAAAAGCAACGUCUUUGUGUAUUCAAUGGACUGGAGGCGUAACUAAAACGAUUUCCGGAACCAGGAUCGUGGAGUUAGAGAUAGCAGCCAAUAGUAGUGGAAUUCGGUUUCCUUUGUCGAAAGUUUAUACAGUAGAUUGUCUUGGUCUUCCUGAACAAAGCAUUAAUUACGAAGCGUUGUCUAGAGAAUAUAGUCAUCUCAGGGGUCUUCCAGUGGCGAGUUUUAAUUCAGCAGUGCCAGGAAUACUUAUUGGUCUCAGCAAUAUGCAUUUACUGACAACUUUGAAGGCCAGAGAAGGAGGUACAGGAGAACCGGUAGCGAUGAAGUCUCGCAAUGGCUGGUCAGUGCAGGGUUGCUUACCAGGGGGAGCAGAAAGUAUGCCGCAUCGUCAAAUGCAUGUUUGCGCUAGAGAGGAACAAGAUCUUCAUGAAUAUGUUCGACAGUUCUUUGAGUUCGAGAGUUUGGGAGUAACGGUGGCUCCAGAGAGAAAAUCAGCUGAUGAUCUUCGAGCACAACACAUUUUGGAAUCUACAACGAAAAGAGGCACAGACGGUCGUUUUGAAGUGGGGUUGCUGUGGCGAUACGAUUACGUGGAGUUUCCCGAAAGUAAGCCUAUGGCUGAAAAACGAUUUAAAUGUUUGGAAAAACGGCUCCAUCAGAAUCCAGCUUUGUACAACUCAGUUCGACAACAAAUAUUAGCAUAUCAGCAAAAGGGAUACGCACAUCAGGCUUCGGAAGCAGAAAUUCAAUCCUUUGAUAUCCGACGGACAUGGUACCUGCCACUUGGAAUUGUACUGAACGAUAAAAAGCCGGGAAAAGUUCGUCUAAUUUGGGACGCUGCGGCGAAGGUCGAGGGAGUUUCACUGAACAGCAUGCUGAUGAAAGGUCCAGAUCUAUUGACUUCUUUAUUGUCCGUUUUAUUUCGUUAUCGAGAAAGGGAGGUGGCCAUUUCAGGUGACAUCAGAGAGAUGUUCCACCAGAUGACUGUGCGGAAGGAAGAUCGCUCCGCCCAGCUUUUCCUGUGGCGGGACACUCCAGACCAAGAUAUCCAGACGAUGGUAGCCGACGUUGCUAUAUUCGGUGCCACAUGCUCACCUGCACAUUCCCAGUAUGUGAAAAACUUGAAUGCAGCCGAACAUGCGGACAGAUACCCUAAAGCAGCAGCAGCGAUCAUGGAUUCACACUACGUUGAUGAUUAUCUUCAAAGCGUUGAUACACCAGAGGAGGCGAUGGAGUUAGUCGAGCAGGUGUCGAAGGUCCAUGCCAACGGGGGAUUCCAAAUAGUUAACUGGUUGUCAAGCUCUAAAUUAGUUCUGGAGAAACUAGGUGAAGUGGAUCCUGCUAGCGUUAAAGCUUUACGAUUUGAUGGUGAGUCAGGAGAAGUAGUAGAGGAACGUCUUCUCGGAAUGGUUUGGCAACCGAUAACGGAUACCUUCUCAUUCUCACUGGUAUUCCGUAAGGAAGUAACUGAUUUGAUCUUGGGUGAAGUGGUUCCCACAAAACGACAACUUCUUAGACUCGUGAUGAGCAUUUAUGACCCGCUCGGCAUGGUUUCAAAUUUCGUAAUUCAUGGUAAAAUACUUUUACAAGAAGUUUGGAGAUCAAAAACCGGAUGGGACGAACAGAUUAUCCCUGAAAAUGUGGCACGUUUCAAGCUUUGGAUAGAGUUUUUGAGGAAAAUAGAAAUGGUCCAUAUCCAUCGAUGUUACUUCCCUGGGUAUCGCAGAGACAGUUUCCAGAGCCUGCAACUUCAUAUAUUUGUAGACGCUAGUGAGCAGGCGUAUGCAGCAGUUGCAUUUUUCAGAAUUGUGGAUUGUGGUGUAGCUCGGUGUACCCUCGUUUCAUCUAAAACCAAGGUUGCACCGCUGAAGCUGUUAUCUAUCCCACGUUUGGAAUUACUUACGGCAGUUUUAGGUGUUCGGAUUAGAAAAACGAUUGAAUCAGAGCAUUCACUGGAAGUCAAGCAGACCUUUUUCUGGAGCGACUCUUCAACGGUCCUUGCUUGGAUCAGGUCGGAUCUACGGAAGUAUAGUUUGUAUGUGGGACACCGAAUCAACGAAAUUCUGGAAUCGUCUCGAAUCGACGAGUGGAGAUGGAUUCCAACUCGCCUCAACGUCGCUGACGACGCAACGAAAUGGGGGAAAGGACCGUCGUUUGAACCGGAAGGCCGUUGGUUUAGAGCCCCAAGUUUCCUUUACGAUGAACAAGGAGAAUGGCCUAAAGAUCGUGGUGUACCGGAAACAAUCGAGGAGGUGCGUUCAUUCCGUAUCAACACACACGUUUUAUCAGAACCGAUCGUCGAUCCCACUCCCUUUUCCAAAUGGGAAAGGCUGUUACGUGCUACAGGCUACGUCCAUUGCUUCAUCGAUUCCAGGAAAAUGGAGUCGAAAAAAUUGACUAGUGAACACCUAAGAAAAGCGGAGCAAACUUCGUGGAAAGUAGCACAAGCUGAGUUCGGUGAGGAAAUUGCAGUUUUGAAUUAUAACAAGAAUGUCACGUUGGAGAAGAAACGGAAAAUUAAGAAAUCAAGUCCGAUAGCAAGCUACAACGCCUUUCUAGAUGAAGCAGGCGUCUUGAGAGUAAGUGGGCGUUUGGAAGCGGCUGAUUGGUUACCCUAUGACGCAAAGUACCCUAUAAUACUUCCCAAAAAUCAUCGGAUCACCGUUUUGUUACUGGACUGGAUGCAUCGGAAACACCAUCAUGCGAAUAACGAAACAGUGACCAACGAAAUUCGACAGAGGUUUCGAAUUCCUCGACUACGAGUACAAGUGCAAUUGGCCAAGAAGAACUGCAUGUGGUGUCGGGUUUACACGACAGUGCCGGCAGCACCAAUAAUGGGGCCACUUCCCAGAGUGAGAAUCACUCCCUUUCUGCGCCCCUUUACUUAUUUGGGAAUCGAUUAUUUCGGGCCAUACUUGGUUAAGGUGGGAAGAUCAGCAGUGAAACGUUGGGUUGUGCUCUUUACAUGCCUGACCAUAAGAGCUAUACAUUUGGAAGUGGCAGCGACGUUGACAAGUGAUUCAUGUAAGAAGGCGAUUUGGCGAUUCAUUGCUCGUCGAGGUGCGCCUGAAGAAAUUUAUACGGACAACGGAACCAAUUUCUUGGGUGUUAGUCGUGAGCUACAAGCAGAGAUGCAGAAAAUCAACAACGAACUUAGCAGCACUUUUACCGACACGUCGACGCAGUGGCAUUUUAUUCCCCCCGCAGCGCCGCAUAUGGGCGGGUGCUGGGAAAGGAUGGUGAGAUCGGUUAAGGCAGCAUUAGGAUCGAUACCGACAGAAAGGAAACUUGACGACGAAUCACUUAGCACCGUAUUGGCGGAAGCAGAACACAUGGUGAACUCGAGGCCGUUGACAUUUAUUCCGCUGGAAACAGAAAAUGAUGAAUCGCUGACACCUAAUCAUUUUUUGCUGAUGAGUUCUCAAGGAGUGCGCCAGGGUAUGAAAAAACCAGGAGAACAAGCUGUUGCCUUCAAAAGAAGUUGGGAUACGAUACAAUAUGUUCUACGAUGCUUCUGGAGACGCUGGAUCGUUGAGUACCUACCAACCAUUACACGUAGGACAAAAUGGUUUGAAGAAGUGCGUCCGAUAAAAGAGGGUGAGUUGGUUGUAAUUGUGGAUGAGGGUGUCAGGAAUCGUUGGAUACGUGGAAAGGUUCUGAAAACUCAUUUGGGUAAAGAUGGCAUAGCCAGAGCCGCAGAUCUACAAACAAACAAGGGUAUUUUAACCAGACCGUUUACCAAAAUCGCACUGCUAGAUGUCGGAGUGCAUGACACCGAUGCAGAGACUACGGUGACAUGA